CUCUCUCUCUCUCUCUCUCUCUCUCUCUCUCUCUCUCUCUCAUAUAUACUGAUCCCACACUUUUUGCCUGCAGAUUAUUGAACAGAUCUCUGUCUAUCUGCAUUCUCUACAAUGGCGGAUCGAGUUCACCCCAAAGAUUCGCCACCGGUUACAGGCGAGCCCGGCGCGACGUUGUCUGAAGCCUCCGCCGUUGCCCCUUCUAAACCGGUUCAGCCACCGCCUGAAAAGCCGGUUCCGCCGCCGCCGGGUGCUUACGUCAUCCAGGUCCCGAAAGACCAAGUCUACCGCUAUCCUCCGCCGGAGAACGCCCGCCGCUACCAGAGCCUAACCCGCAAGAAAUCCCAACGGAGCUGCUGUUGCCGGUGCCUCUGCUGGAUCUUCGGCCUUAUCCUCCUCUUUGUUAUCCUCAUCGCUAUUGCAGCCGGCGUCCUUUACCUUGUUUUCCGUCCAGAAGCUCCCAAGUACACCGUCGAGGACAUCGCCAUUAAAGGCAUGAAUCUGACGUCAUCAUCACCUCUAUCGCCGGAAUUUGAUGUCACAGUCAGAGCCCAGAACCCUAACAACAAGAUCGGUAUUUACUACUUGACCGGAAGCUCCGUCAAAGUCUUAUACACGGACGUCAAUCUCUGCAACGGCGCUUUACCUGCGUUUUACCAGCCGUCAAAUAAUAUAACAUUGUUUCAGACGGUGUUAAAGGGACCCAGUAUUGUCUUAGCAAGCUCCGUUAAGUCCGGGUUAGUAAACGAUCAGAGGCAAGGGAGUGUGCCGUUUAGGUUGAACAUUAAAGCACCCGUUAAGAUCAAGGUGGGGUCCGUUAAGACCUGGAAGAUUACCGUUAAGGUUAAGUGUGACGUCACGGUGGAUAGCUUAACGGCGGAAUCCAAGAUUGUGUCUAAGGAUUGUGAUUACAGUGUGAAACUGUGGUAGAAUGUUAAUUAGGGUUCUGGGAUCCUCUGUAUUUCGGAAGUUUCUAAUUUUUUGGAUUUCAAUCAUUCACCCACGAGGGUCCCGCAUCAUGAACGGUGGAUGAUUAUUAUCGGAAAAGUUGGAGAAUUUUGAAAUUGAGAGGAUCAAAAACUAUACUUGGUUGGAUUGUAGAGAUUAGUACACAGAGAUAUACCUGUUAUGUUUAUGUGAUACAGAGUGUUGCAUAUUCGAUUUUAUAAUUCUUUUUUUUUUGGAUUUGUGGAACAUAAUGAGAAAUAAUUGAAGCUUUGAUAUAUUUUACAAUAAUCUUUUG